AUGGAUGUUACUAAGCCUUUGAAAAGAGGACGAAUGAUUUCUUUGGGCCAUGUUAAAGACAAGUUCUGGGUUGAUUUUCGAUAUGAGAGGCUUCCUGAAUACUGUAUGGAAUGUGGGAUAAUUGGUCAUCCAUAUAACAAGUGUUCCAUUUUUCUUGAGAAACUAGAUAAUGGUGAAGAACCUGCCUUGGAAUACCAGCCCUUUAUUAAAGGUUCGGCCCUGCCUACUUCUUCAUAUGAUCGUUAUCGAACGGAUUUCGCCAAGGGAGAUACUUGGCCUUUGCUGACACGACUUGCUAAGAAGAGUCUCACUGCAACUGUCCCUCAACUUCACCUGCGUGGUCAUCCACAACCAAGGCAAUUACAUACAGGAGAGUCUUCUCAUGCUAAUGAACAUGAUAAUCUGAAUUCUCAUGUUCCUAACCUUACUGUCCAGACUCCAAUUGUGAAACCACCAACUAUUUAUCUAUCAUCCAUUUAUAUGCCUUUUACUACCAUUCCUCCAACCUGCAAUGCCUUUGCCACAUACCCCCCUACAUGCCAAUCUACUAAUUUUCCCAACAAGCAAAUAAUGGUCACUUCUGCACUCACACCACUAUUGUCUACUUCCAUUACACAUCCUGCCACUACAGUCAUUAAUUUUUCUGGGAAGGAAAACUCUUGUCCGAAUGUUCAAACUAAACAUCAGAAUGACAGCCUUUCUCUCCGACAAACACUCAAAAGAUGCAGAGGGAAUAUUGUUAAUGAUCUUGAAUCAACCUUGUCAGUUGAUGAGAAUGAGCACCUUCAAGUUUCCACUGAUUUCAUGGAUUCGGCAGCCACGAAAAUCGUUAGUUGGAAUGCUCGUGGUUUGGGGAACCAGAAAGCUAUUCGUAAGCUUCGUUUGCUUGUUAAAGAGCAAACCCCCACUGUACUUUUUAUUAUGGAAACUAAAUUAGCUUGUAACUCUAUUGCUCGUCUUCGUAGUCUUUUAAAUUUUAAUAAUGGUCUAGAAGUCCCUAGAGUUGGUCUUAGUGGUGGUUUGAUGUUAUUAUGGAAAGAUGAUGUUGAUGUAUCCUUAAACAAUUUCAAUGUUAAUGUUUUUGAUUGUUACAUGGCUUUCCACAAUGGUCCUUGCUGGCACUUUACAGCCUUUUAUGGUGCCCCUACCCUUACUAACCGAAGACACACUUGGACUCUUCUUAAAAGAUUGAAAGACAUUGCUCCUUUACUUCCUGGGAUGGUCAUAGGGGAUUUUAACAAAAUCCUUUAUAGUCAUAACAAGCAAGGGGGGAAUUUAAGAAGUGCUAAUCAAAUGGAUGAAUUCAGAUCGGUUUUGGACUCAUGUCAAUUGAAUGAGCAACAAUUUAAUGGGGAUCCUUUCACUUGGAUUAAGGGAAGACAUAAUGUGGAUACUAUUAAGGAGCGCUUAGAUUGGUGUUUUACCAAUAAUUCAUGGACUUCUCAUUUUCAACCUAUAGUUACUUCUCAUUUGGACUACUAUUCCUCGGAUCACAGAGCCAUAGCUGUUAAUGUCAUUGUUAUUGGAAGUAUUUCUGGUUUUAUGCAAAAUUUAUCUACUUGUACUGAAGCUUUACAGCAGUGGCACUAUCAGAAAUUUGGACAAAUGAAGAGAGAUAUCUCUCACAUGCAGAAGUCUGUUGCUGCACUAAAUAAUGCAGCAGUAAGAUCGCAAUCUCAUGUCUCUCAGCUUAAAAAUUCUGAGGCAAUUCUUGAUGAGUUGCUUGCAAAUGAAGAGGAAUAUUGGCAUCAAAGGUCUAGAGUGGAUUGGUUACAAUGUGGUGAUCAAAAUACCAAAUUUUUUCAUGCUCAUGCUUCAUCAAGGAGGGCAAAAAAUUCUAUCAAAACAUUAACCAAUGAUCAUGGAAUCUCAGUCAGUGGCAAAUCUGAUCUAACCAGAGUUAUAUGUAAUUAUUAUGACUCUUUAUUUGCUUCGGAGGGAGUCAAUCCAGAUGCACUCCUCACUGUGCUUGAUGCUAUUCCUGCCACCAUCACUCCAGCAAUGAACCAAUCUCUCACCCGACCCUUCACCAGUGAUGAGAUAGUUGCAGCUUUACAAUCCAUGAGCCCAGAUAAGAGCCCGGGAAGUGAUGGAAUGUCGGCGAUGUUCUAUCAAAAUUAUUGGAACAUUGUUGGUGAUUCUGUCACUGAAAUUGUUCUUGGAGUUUUGAAUGAAGGUACUGACAUGUCUCAACUUAAUAAGUCAAUAAUCACUUUAAUUCCUAAAGUCCCUAAUCCUACUGGUAUGAGUGAUUAUAGACCUAUAAGUUUGUGUAAUGUCAUUUACAAGCUCAUAUCAAAGACAAUUGUUCUCCGAUUUCAAAAAGUAUUACCGUUUGUUAUAUCAGAGACGCAAUCAGCUUUUUUAUCAAACAGACUUAUAACUGAUAAUAUUCUGGUCGCUUUUGAGCUUGUUCAUCAUCUUCGGCAUAAAACUCAAGGAAAGGUUGGUUAUGCUGCUCUCAAAUUAGACAUGAGCAAAGCUUUCGAUAGAGUGGAAUGGAAGUACCUGGAAGCUGUAAUGUUGCAAAUGGGAUUUGCCUCUCAAUGGGUUACUCUUAUCAUGAAUUGCAUCACUACAAGUUCAUUUUCAUUCUCACUCAAUGGAGAAGUUGUAGGACAUGUUCAACCUCAUCGUGGUUUGCGACAAGGCGAUCCCCUCUCACCAUAUUUGUUCCUUAUAUGCUCUGAAGGACUCUCAAGGCUGCUACACUAUGAAGAGACUAUUGGGAAUUUGGAUGGAUUACGCUUAACAAGGAACUCCCCUGCUGUGUCACAUCUCCUCUUUGCUGAUGAUAGUUUGUUGUUUUGUCGAGCAAAUGACCAAUCGGCUGUUGCUAUUCAAAGAACGCUUGACAUUUAUCAUAGGGCCUCGGGCCAGGUUCUAAAUAACAACAAAUCAACAAUGUCAUUCUCUCCCAACACUCCAAUGGCUGCCCAACAUUUUUUUGCUCAAACACUUAAUAUGCCCAUCACAGAAUGUCAUGAACGAUACUUGGGACUCCCUUCUUACUCUGGAAGAGAUAAACAAGAGCUUUUUAGUAAUAUUAAGGAAAAAGUUUGGAAGCUUCUUUAUGCUUGGAAUGAGCAAAUUUUCUCAGCUGGGGGAAAAGAGGUCUUGCUUAAAGCGGUGGUACAAUCCAUUCCGACCUAUGCUAUGAGUUGUUUUAAACUCACAAAGAAAUUUUGCAAUCAAUUGGAGAGCAUGAUGGCUAACUUUUGGUGGGGUACUAAUCAAAAUGGCACUAAAAUCCAUUGGAAAAGGUGGAAUUCUCUAUGCAAAUCAAAGCAUGAAGGGGGCAUGGGAUUUAAAUCUUUUGUUCAUUUCAACCAAGCACUCUUGGCCAAACAAGCUUGGUGAAUUUUUAACAUGCCGGAU